AUGAAACUUUGCAGAAGAUUUCCAAUGAAGUUGCAACAAAAGAUGUUCUCUUCAAAAACUACUAUUGACCCUCAGGAAAUAGCCUUGUUUGAAAAACUAACUGCUAAUUGGUGGGAUUCUCAGGGUCCGCUAAAGCCCCUACAUGCAAUGAACACAUUACGAGUGCCUUUAGUAAGAAAUGGUUUGAUUAAUCAAGGAGUUGUAUCAAAAGAGAAUAUUUAUAGUUGCACACCGCUUAAAGGGCUGUCCAUAUUAGAUGUUGGCUGUGGAGGUGGCAUUCUGUCAGAAGCUCUAGCACGUUUAGGCGCCCAAGUUACAGGCAUUGAUGCAAAUCCUAGUGCAAUAGAUCUGGCAAAACAUCAUGCUCUUAAAAAUAAUCUUUCCAUUAAUUAUCUUUUUACUUCUAUUGAAGAGCAUGCUAUGGAAAAUAUCGAGAAAUAUGAUGCUAUAACUGCUUCUGAGGUGAUUGAGCACGUGACAAAUAAGGAACCAUUUCUAGAUGCUUGUGUAGAAUGUCUAAAACCUUCUGGCUCUAUGUUUAUGACUACAAUGAACAAAACUAUUUUUACAGAAGUUUUUGCAAUUUAUGCAGCUGAAAAUAUUUUUGAUUUGAUUCCCAAAGGUACCCAUCAAAUUGAGAAAUGUAUUGAACCUGAGCAAUUACAAAGAAUAUUAGAAAAAAAUUAUUUGCAAACUAAAGAAAUAAGAGGCAUGUUUUACAAUUUUCUCACAAAUGAAUGGUGCUGGUGCUUGCCAACUUGGAUCAGUUAUUCCUUGCAUGCUGUUAAACCUAAAGAAAGAGGGCGUUUUCUUCAAAAACAGCUCAUAAAGUAGCCCAAUUGGGAGAGCUAAUAGAUGAUUGGUGGAAUCCUCAGGGUCCGGCAAGGCCCCUACAUGCAAUGAACAAUAUAAGAGUACCUUUAGUGAAGAAUGGGUUGAUUAAUCAAGGAGCUGUAUCAAAAGAGAAUAUCAAUAGCUUCACACCGCUUCGAGGGUUGUCUAUAUUAGAUGUUGGUUGUGGCGCUGGUAUUCUGUCAGAGGCUUUAGCACUUCUAGGAGCCAAAGUUACAGGCAUUGAUGCAGAUCCCAAAGUCAUAGAGCUUGCAAAAUUUCAUGCCCAAGAAAAUAAUCUCUCCAUUGAUUAUCGUUUAAGCUCCAUUGAAGAGCAUGCUAUGAAAAAUUUGGAAAAGUUUGAUGCUGUAGUUGCUUCUGAAGUUAUUGAGCAUGUGACAGAUAAAGUGCCAUUUAUAGAUGCUUGUGAAAAAUCUCUAAAACCGUCUGGCUCCAUAUUUCUGACUACAUUGAGCAAAACUAUAUUUACAGAAAUUAUUGCAAUUCAUUUGGCUGAAAAUAUUUUCAAUUUGCUUCCCAAAGGCACCCAUCAGAUCGAGGAUUGCAUCGAACCUGAGCAAUUGCAAAAAUUAUUAGAAAACAAGCAUUUUCAAACUAAAGAAAUAAGAGGCAUGUUUUAUAAUGCUUUUACAAAUCAAUGGAGCUGGUGCCUUCCGACUUCGAUAUUUUAUUCUUUGCACGCUGUUAAACCUAAAAGAAGUAUUAUGUAG